AUGAAGAGGAGAAGACGAAGACGACCGCAUAUAUCGAAGAUUCCUAUGGAUCUUGUGAUGGGGGAGAUUCUUACGAGACUUCCUGCUAAAUCCCUCAUGAGGUUCAAGUGCGUAUCAAAGCUCUGGUCAUCUCUCAUUCGCUCCCAAUAUUUUACCCACCGCUUCUUUACGGUAUCUUCCCAACCGCGUCCUAGGUUUUACAUAUGUUUAGCGGAUCUCGCCAACAAUUAUAGCACUGUAAUAUCGGCUCCACAAACUUCUUCUUGUUUUGUUGUUGACCACGAUCUGACCGCCCCACGUAGGGGAGGGUACAUAUGGCAAAAUCUCCGUGGUUUCAUGUGCUACACCUUUUACAGAAAGCCGAGAAUCUAUAACCCUGCUACUAGACAACUUGUCACCUUACCCACCUUUAAAUCCAAAUUCAUACCUCCAGCUCCAUCGGAACGUGUGGAGGCCGUCUACUACUAUUUCGGACACGACCCUGUCAACGAUCAGUACAAAGUCAUCUGCUCGAUUGCACCUAAACAUAAUCAGAUCAUGCCUGAGCAUUGGGUCUUUGUUCUAAAACCUAGAGGUUCCUGGAAAAAGAUGGCUCCCCCAGACUUUUGUCCUCACAUUCCUGCUGCCACCAGACGAGGACUGUCUAUCAAUGGGGUUAUAUAUUACCUUGUUUUGAUUGAUUUGUACGUUUAUGCAGUUGUGAGUUUUGACAUUAGAUCCGAAGAGUUCAAGUUGAUUCUAGUUCCUCGAAGAGACGAAGAUGACCUAAUUCCUGGAAGGGUCAAGAAAGUGAGUCUUAUGGAAUAUGAUGGCAAAGUUAUUGUUCUUGACUUCAGCCAUCUUACAGACAAGGGUGUUCUGGACUUAUGGGUUUUGGAAAAUGCCGGGAACAAGGAAUGGUCGAGGAAGACUCUGGUUUUGCAGCCUUCUCAGCUGCAUUUGGUCGAUAACCUUACAUUCAAGGUAGGUUGUACAACUCAGCAUGGCAAAGUGUUCUUUGCACCAUAUGAUUUGAUUUCUCCCUUUCACAUUCUAUGCUAUGAUCUGCCAAGAAACGAUAUGACAAAGAUUGAAAUUAAAGGUAUACCGGACCAUUGGUUUAGCAAGGACAAAGCCAACACACGUUUUCAGUUGAUGUUUAUGGAUCAGGGUGAGAGCAUCCUGUACUUGGAUAUUUGA